CAUGUCAAUUGUCUAUAACGAUGGCAAAUCGUAUUGUUAGUAGUAAAGUACUACUACCUACAGAGUACUUCGGUAGCGGUUCCCCAUCGAGAUUGUGUGCAUUGCAUGGCUGGUGCUUCCUUUGCCACCAACUUUCUCCUCUUCGAUUGUUAUGAUUGGAAGCCCUGACAGAAACUUCAAGCCCUCCCUUCCAGUGGACCUCGUCAUAAUCUUUGUUUCUCUUGACAACAACAAUAUGAAAAAAAUCAUAAUCUGUCAAACUGAAGACCCCCCCGUGGACUCCAAGAGGGCAGGGACAUGCUGCUGGUUACCCAAUCACGACACUAUGAUCCAGCCAUCUAUGCCAUCGUUUUGACACUCGGCUCGGCCCUGGUGCACUCUUAUCUUAAGCAUCAGAGCAAACCUUUCUUAGACUUUGAAGGCUGCAAGGGUGUCAUCGUGGUCUACUUAAGGACAUAAUUUGAACCUUCCCUUGGCCCAUAUCUACUGCCCCAGGAUAUAUUCUGCCGCGGCUCCUGCCUCUUGGGCUCCGCUGACCUGCCGAUAGGUAUUCCUAGGAGGAGCCCAAGGGAACCGGAGCCCGUCCCA